AUGGGACCCUCGGCUAUUGUCCCUUUGGUUGUCUAUGGGCUCACCUUCCUGGUGGGGCUGCCCUCCAAUGCCCUGGCCCUCUACGUCUUCUACUGCCGUGCCAAGGCACGUCUGACUCCCAACCUCAUCUACAUGAUCAACCUUUGCCUCUCGGACUUGCUCUUCAUCCUCUUCCUACCGCUCAAGAUGCUGGAGAUUGGGAAGGUGGACUGGACCAUGCCGGCCUUCCUCUGCCCGCUGUACAACCUGAUCCAUUUUGGCACCAUCUAUACCAGUGCCUGUUUCCUGACUGCUGUCAGCGUGGGGCGCUUUUUAGGAGCUGCAUAUCCCAUCUACUAUCAGAUCUACAAAAAGCCUUGCUAUUCCUGGCUGGUCUCUUUGGGGAUAUGGAUCCUGGUGGGGUUCCAUGGCGUUCUUCUCUUUGUCUUGGAGACGACCAAGAACGGCAACUCCACCCUUUUUGCUGGCAACGACAGCUCUUGCUAUGAGUUCAGCAAGCCCAAUGAGCUUGUAGUCUUGGCUCCUGUGCGGUUGGAACUGUCCGUGGUCCUGUUCUUCCUGCCCUUGGCAAUCACCUCUUUCUGCUACGUCGGCUGCAUCCGUGCCCUGGUCGGGUCGCAUCUCCACCAGCGGAAGAAGCGCCGUGCGGUGAGGGUGGCUGUGGCUACAUUUUGUGUCUUUGUCCUCUGUUUUGGUCCCUACAACCUGUCCCAUGUGGUGAGCUACAUCGAAGGGGAAGAAGUCGCUUGGCGCCAGAUAGCUGUGCUCCCCAGUGCAUGCAAUGCUUUCCUGGACCCUCUCAUCUUCUUCUUCCUCUCUUCUGCCAUGGACGACGGGAUUGCCCGAGUGUGGCGCUCCCUCAAGGAAAAAUGCAGCUCCACCGGUCUGAAGCUUGCUUUGGCUCACCGCAAAGGAGCAGGCCAACCAGCAAUACCGGCUAUUUCCUGA